AAUGUGAUUGUGUCAAGUGAUCCAGAAGUUGCAUUUAAAGAUGCAGAUGUUGCAAUAUUUCUAGGAGCAAUGCCUCGAAAACCAGGAAUGGAAAGAAGUGAUCUCUUGUAAAUGAACAGAGAAAUAUUUAUACAAUAGGUUUAAUAUUGAAUUUAUUAAUACAGGGUUAAAUCUUAAAUGAAUAAGCUAAAACAACUUUUAAAGUUUUAGUUGUGGCAAAUCCUAGCAAUACUAAUUGUGCUACUUUGGCUCAUUAGUGUACUAAAAUCCCAUAAUAAAAUUUUACAUCUCUUAUGUAAUUAGAUCACAAUAGAUGUGUCUCGACUGUAUGAUAAUUCUUAGUAUUUUAGCUCGCAAGAGAAGCCAAUACAACUAUUGAUUAAAUCAAAAGAGUGAUU